AUCCCGCGUGUUGUGGUAUCGUAUCUCACGCAGCCCGGGAUACAGGAAUGCUACACCUCCCUGUGUGCGUGACGUCGUUGAUUCGUUAGAGAGGUCUGGUCGCUCGUGUCUUGUGUUCGACUAGCUCUAUAGGGCCUGAUUUGUCGAACCAUGAAGAUGUGAAAGCGUUCCUAGUACCCAUCACGCUCUGACGUGCGGACGGACGGACAUCUUAUCGACUUAGGAACAGACACAGUCCACUAUGGUAACUAGCCAGAAGUUGACCGUGACCUUAAUAGGAGGGGGACCUUGGGGGUUUCGGCUGAUCGGUGGGGAAGAAUACCCAUUGCAAAUAGCAAAGAUCCGCAAGAGAAGCAAGGCGUGUACGGGUGGCCUCCAGGAAGGUGACACGGUUCUUAGCAUCAAUGGCGUCUCGAUGGUUGGCAAAUCCCACCACGACGCCAUGUACGAGGUGGACAACGCUGGGGAUAAGCUCAAUAUAACGGUCCAGAGAGAAGGAGGGUCAUUCCAGUCUCCGCAGCUAGUCGAGCAAAGAGACCAGCAGCCUGUGGCAGCACCUAUGAGCAAUGGUGUUGGAGGACAACCUGGGCAAAAAACAACCUCUCAGACAUUUCGGGAUGGCAACAUUACGACCAACGUGGUGACCGGAUCUUACGAGCAGACGUCCGGGGACGGCAAACAACACACUAAAGGCUUCGUUAAACAAGUGGUGCAGACACAACCAGGAACGGUUACAAGCCAACAGACAACCACUCGGGUCACCUCGUACUCAAACCAGAUGGCAAACAACGUGAGUCCUGUAAAGUUCCAAAUCAAGAACCUCCGUGAUGAAUUCAAGGAGAAUUAUACACCAAUGAUUUUUGGACAAGGAAAGGAGCACACUUAUGAGGACUAUGCGCGACCCGACGAAUCCGUCCGUAAGCCUCGUGUGUUUAUGGUACGGGAUAUCAAGGGUACCAUGUCUAGUAAAACAGAACAACCUAACUAUCUUCCGGAUGCGAUGAACCAGCCAACGGAACCAAGACCUUUACCAGCUAAAGCACCGAAGCCAGUUAGAAUGCCACCGGAGCAACCACAAUUUAAGGUUCCAGAUCAGGUUCCACUUCCGGAAUACCAGCCAACUCCUAUUCCGGAACCGGUAGUACCAGAGGCACCACCACAGGCACCACCACAGGCACCACCACCGCCACUUCUUGAACAUGAAAUGCGGGAGCCAUCAGAACCCGUUUGUUAUUACCCGGCGGAUGAACCAUUGUUCUACCCGCUACCACACUUUGACGCCCAUGAAUACAACGAAAGGGUCAAAUCAGGAAGGUACAAAGACGAAGUUGACGCCGAAGAAACACAGGAAGACAUGGAGGAAACGAUUCAAGGAAAGUUGCCUAUUUUUGCACCAAAAGUUGAAAUUCAUUAUGAUGAAGAAUUUUUACAAAAUGGCAUGCAGAAUGGUUUCAUCAUAGAAAGGCCAGAUUUACUUCCACUUGAUCUCAGCCGAAAGUUAAGUGGUGCUGAGAUGGAGAGCGAACCCUUUACACCAGGGACCCCAGAGUCUUCCGGUGUGAGGAAAAAGAAGAAACUUUACAACGACUCCGCUUUCUACGAUGCUCCUGACACUGACUACCCUACCAUCGAAGACCAAAUCAUCCUAUGUAAGAAAAUCGCGCGUUCGUUGACGUCGGCAGCCAAUAAGAAGGCGAGAGGAGCCAAGAUGUUUGCCAAGCGUAAACGACGCGCUAGCAAAUGGAUACACGAUGGCGAGUCACACAUCGGAUCGUCUUCAGCCGGGGACGUAGCUGACCUACACGACCUCGACAGCGAACUCCACCUGACCGACGGUGGAUCCCGCCCACUGUUCACCUUUCGAAUACCGAACAUCAAGAACCGCAUUCUGUUGACAGAGGACGGAACUCCAAAAAUGAGUAUUUCACAGCAAGAAUUUGAACAAUUGAGGUUACAACAGAAAAAAUGCGAUCACAAAGCAGUGUCUCCAAGCACCUGUCAAAGCCUGGUAGCCGACCUACACAACCAGCGAAACAGGGGAGCAAAAUUAUUUCAAAAACGUCAAGCACGAUCUGAAAAAUGGGUCAUCGACGAACGCAACGCCCCAAAACCGAUGUUGUCACAAGAGAAAAUUAAUUCAUUUUUGGAGUCAACAACCACCGUGCAGAACAAGGCUCCCACUCCAUGGGAGGCUGCCUUGGGUAAUUCCCAAGGACGUGUGGAUAGUGCGUUUGACUACAUGGACUAUACAAAACCCACCCCACAGCAAAAAUAUACCCCGGCACCCCAGCUGCCACAGCCGGCCCCUCCCGUCGCCCAUGACUUAACCGGAACUCAAAAUAUUGCUACAGUGACUGGGCCAAACUUUAACCGUACUCCCAAAGGAUGGGGGUGUAGCCCCGCAUCAACAACCGUUCAGGCUGAUGCACAUUAUGGUUACAACACGCUUCAACGUCAGCUGUCAAAUAAACAGGAACAGCCCCCGCCUCCCCCGCCAAAGCCCCUCAAGGCAACACAAGAAAACUACAACCCCAGAAUGAGGGCUUGGAACCCGGAAAUGAGUGGAUCAUAUAACCACAAUAAUAAUAAAAAUGUCGCGAGGUUUGGAGGUCCAGGAGGCAACGCGGGUCCAGGACAAUAUGGUCACCGUGCCGCAGAUUCGUAUCACAACAUGGUGCCGUCACAUAUGAUAAUCUCGUCCGACUUGUGAUCCCUUUAACUUUUUCCUCGCCUUUAUUCAUAUAAUUUGGAUUAUAAUAAUGACCCUCUAUACAUGAGUGAAAGUUGGAUAUAUAUAUUUCACCUUACUUGUGUGGUUCAAUAUGCAAGAUUCCAAACAGUCGUGAUCAUGACUAUAUUAUAGUUUUGUAUAUAAAGCUGUGCGUGCGUGUUUGCUUGGAUUAAUUUUACAUACCAACUGACAUUAAGACUAAAAAGGGAAGUAAAUGGCGAAAAAUAUAAACAAAAAGAAAACCUAGGAAUGAAUAGAGAAACUAAGAUGAUUGUGUGCCCAAAAUACAUGUACUCCAGCUAGACUGUUGUGUCAUUCGAUUCCUUUAUUGUUACUUGGAGACCAACAUCACAUGUAUCUGGGCGGUAACCACUGCAUGAGGAAAUUAUGUACCGUCGUCUUGGUGAGGAGAAUAGUGGUUUGGGCAGGCGUCCAGCUCCCGUCUUAUUUUGCUGUCGUUUGUUAUGUUGUUACUAUGGAUACCAGAAGCAUUCCCCUAGAUUAGUGAGGUUUUUUAGGGAGUAGCUACCUCUUGCACUGUGUCUGUGAUUAGCACUACCCGGGAUUUUGUUUUAAUUGACUUGUUUGCUGUUAUAUUUUUCCUUUUUGUUUUUUGGGUUAUAUAACAAAAGGAAUUUAUGUUCAGUGCGACCACAUACUCCUCCUCCAUCGCCCCUCCAUUGGAAUACUGCCCACGUGUGUGCUAUCUUGUGUACACACGCCAACACACAGCUCGACUGCUGCAAUGUAUCUGAGGAGAUGGAUGCACUCUCCAAGGUCUCCCCGGGACAAACGGCCGCGCCUAAUAAGGGUCUCGUUAUGAUACACACCAGUGUCAAAUGAUAGUACUCGCUGAGGUACAUCACCAGAUUACCGUCUUACCCUAGUAAACACCUGUACUUGUUUAGGGAGCUGUCGUUUCUGUCUGCAGUAAAGCCUGUCAGUAUUUUGGGCGCAGCAAUGUAUACAGGAGUUUCUCCCUACUGUAUUGAUGUAAAUAGGUUUUGAUGAGAACAUUACUACAAUCAAAAAUAGAGAAUUUUAUUGUUGUGUUUCCUUAAAUUGUAAAUAAUCUUGUUAUGAUAUUUGUAACUAGUUUAUUUAUUUUCUCUGUUUUGUUUGUAAAUUAACACAUGUGUGUAUGAAGUUUCUAAUAUAUAUGUUAGGUCUUGUCAUAAUGGUGAUUGAUUUGAACAAAAUUUCCUAAUUUAUUUUCAUAUUUACACCUUAUAACGGUGACUUAAAUGUCAUUAGUAUUUGCAACCCCAAAUAUAGCAAAAUAAUCGGUCAUGUUUUGCUUGUUUUUCCUCUUACUGGUUCACUUUUAUCCAUGUAUUUUCAUUAGCUAAAAUAGAAUCGUAUGACGUCACGCCAACCUUGGACCCUAUUACAUCAUAAGUGUGACAUCACAGCUAUGCAGGAUAACGUCUCCUUUCGUUCAUUGUUUUCGUCAGACCAGGACACUUAGGUCUGGUGUACGAGUCAUACGGUUCUACAUUUGUAACUGUCAAAGUAUAAAAAUAAGCGAAAUGGGAUGUUAUCAUCACAUGACAAAUCUGUUUGGAUAUAAAGCCGACAUUUUUGACAGGAAUGUUUUAUAUCAUUAACUAGCAUUAAUAUAUCUUUUAUAUCACAUUACAACUUUACCGAUUGAUAUCUUAAUCCGAGUCACCCGGACGUUCAGUGCAGGUGCUUUACUUGUUAUCCAUAUUUCCUUAGUUGUACACUUGUGUACUUUACAACUUGCCCUGGAGAACUGUGGUCAACAAGUGAGAUAACUUGCACUUUGACGUGACGUUUCUACCGGGUGAUAGCGAUUGUUGUGUAGUCUGAUGAAUAGUGAAUCAUAUUAGGGCGAAAAUGCAAUGCCAAUUCGACAGGAAACCUAUCUGUAAACAUCCGCUUUCGAACGUCCACUGAUGUUGUUCUACAUCAAGUGCAUGUCGUUGGCCUUAACACAAAAAAUAAACAAAAAUUGUUGAAAAAAA